GGGAAAUAAUGUUAUUGUCAACAUUUUUAGUCGUGGAAAUGUGAUUCCCCCCGUCCUCAUAUUCCUUUUCAAUUUUUCAUACUAACAACUGCAGAAUUGCACAUAACCAUGGCUGACAAGGUAAAGCUGCACUACUUCAAUGGGAGAGGGAAAAUGGAGUCAAUCCGUUGGCUGCUAAGUGUUGCAGGAGUGGAGUUUGAUGAGUUCCAUCUGACCACCCGGGAGCAAUACCUCAAAAUGCUGAAUGAUGGCGAUCUCAUGUUUCAACAGGUCCCCAUGGUGGAAAUCGACGGAAUGAAGCUCAUUCAAACAAAAGCCAUCCUGAACUACAUCGCAGAAAAGUACCAUCUGCAUGGAAAUGAUAUCAAAGAACGUGUCAACAUCAACAUGUAUUCAGAAGGACUAAUGGACCUCAUGGAAAUGAUCAUGAUUCUGCCCUUCAGUGAAGACCCGAAGGCCAAACUGGACAACAUCGAAAGCAAAGCAAAAGAGCGCUACCUGCCCGUGUUUGAAAAGCAACUGAUGGAGCACGUUUACCUGGUGGGAGGUCGGCUGAGCCUUGCCGACGUGCUGCUGAUGGAAUGCACGCUCAUGCUGGAGGAGAAGUUUGUGGGGAUCCUUGCAGACUUCCGCAACAUCAAGUCCUUUCAGGGGCGCAUGUCAAAAAAUCCUGCCAUCUCCAGAUUCCUGCAGCCUGGAAGCAAGAGGAAGCCUCAGCCUGAUGAUGUUUACAGGAAAACUGUCAGGGAGGUUUUCAACUUAAACAUAUCAUUUCCAUAAAAUGCCCUCAACUUUCUAAAUUAUGUUGAAAGUCAGAAGUGAAUCAGAAUUCAUUGCCCAUUAAAGGUCUAUUCUAUAUUCAAA